AUGAGUUUAAACGAGCACUCCAUGCAGGCGCUGUCCUGGAGAAAGUUGUAUUUGAGCCGAGCGAAGCUAAAAGCGACCAGCCGAACCUCAGCGCUCCUGUCGGGCUUCGCAAUGGUUGCCAUGGUGGAGGUCCAGGUGGAGCGGGGUCACAACUACCCUCCAGGACUGCUGAUAGCCUUCAGCACCUGCACCACCAUCCUGGUUGCGGUGCAUCUCUUUGCCCUCAUGAUCAGCACCUGCAUCCUCCCUAAUCUGGAGGCGGUCAGUAACGUUCACAACCUCAACUCCGUGAACGAGUCUCCCCACGAGCGCAUGCACCGCUACAUCGAGCUGGCCUGGGCCCUCUCCACGGUUAUCGGCACCCUCCUCUUCCUCACCGAGGUCAUGCUGUUGUGCUGGGUGAAGUUCCUGCCGCUGAAAAACAACGGCACCAUAAGCUCCGGCGAGGGAGCGGCCAUUGCAUCCACCUGCAUCAUGGUGCCGUUCGGGAUCGUUUUCAUCGUCUUCGCCGUCCACUUUUACCGCACACUUGUGAGCCACAAAACGGACCGGCAGAUCAGAGAGCUGGACCAGGUGAUCAAGCUGCAGGAGCAGCUGGACAACAGGUCUGAGAGCGACAACCUGAAGGCAGCUGUUCUCUUCCCCUGA